AUGAAUGGUAGUACUUCAACUUAUGUUAAUAUUGCUAGCUCAAUUGGUGCACUUGAAUCUGGAAUUAUGGCAACUCUCUCAGGAGGUCCAUCAUACUUUAUACCUUUUGCAGCAUUUGGGUGGUACAGAAGUAAUAAGAGUGCAAUGGAUACAACGCGACAGCUAUAUGAAAUUGGCAAUAAAGCUGAAAAUCCUUCUAAAUUGAAUAUAUAUGACAAUAAUAAUUUUAAUAAUGAUGCUGCUAGAAAUCAGUAUUUUUGGAUAUUGAUUGUCAUUGCAGUAAUAUUGGGAGUAAUUGCAUUUAGCUUAGCAGUAUGUUUACUAGGAAUAGUUCCGGAUAAAGAUUAUAAAACUUCUAAAAGAAGAAGAAGAAGAUUAAUAGAAGAUCCGAACUUAUCUCCAGUAGACUUUGCAAUUACAAUGGCAUCUUACACACCAGAUAGAUAUAGAUAUCCAUACUAUCAAGUAAGAUAA